AUGAGCGCUUCAAAUCGCGACGACACCCCCGAAAUGGCUGGCCGCAAAAUAUUCGAGCUCGUGAGCUCUGCAGCCCUCGACGGCUCUGCAGCACGACUGGGAAGGCUCUCUCUCCCCGGCAAAAAGGCCAUGGACACGCCGAACUUUUUCGCCCUCACCUCUCGCGGGGCGGUGCCCCAUCUCACUCCAGAUAACCUCAAAAGACACACUUCAUUAUCUGGAGUGUACAUGGCACUCGAAGACUUCAUUGAGAAAAAAGAGCCUCCUGUAUACCAGACUCCCGGCGGCGAUGCUUCACGCCGGCUACACCAAUUCACAGCCCUGCCCCCGAAUCACAUUUCCAUACUUGGUCCGCGACGCUGUCCGGCCGUAACAACACCGUAUGGGAACACGCCCAAGGCAAUCACCGUCUUCACUUGCACCGGCUUCCGCAGUGUAACGGUUCCCGAAUAUGCGUCCGCCGUGCGGUCGCUGCAACCCGACAUUGUGCUCCCCAUGGCCGAUCUGCUGCACACCAGCGCAACGCCUCCGUCGAAAAAGCUGGUACGCAUGACGGAGCGGACGGAAGUGUGGCUGGACGAAUUCUUGGACAGACUGGGCUCCUCGCCCAAAAGCCCCGAACCCCUGGGGAGCUCUGUGUUUGCUCCCGUGCUCUCGGUCGAGUAUCCCAUCCAGUGGGACUAUCUCAGACAUCUAUCGGAAGACGUACUCGAUAAGAUAGAAGGAUUAGCAGUCUAUGGCACGAAUCUGCUCCCCGAGCUCGCCAACUACCCUCCGCUGACACCUCUUCCCAAACUAUCCAUGGACCCUCCCAAAACCCCCCACGAAGUGCUGCGUCAGAUUUCCCUCGGCAUCGACAUUUGCACAAUUGGCUUUGUGAACGGCACCUCCGACGCCGGCGUCGCCAUGACAUUCUCCUUUCCGCCGCCGAGCGUCGAGGGCGUACAGCCCCUCGGAAUCAACAUGUGGUCCCCAGAGCACAAGGUCGCCGUCGUACCGCUUCUGGAGGGCUGUCCGUGUUACACAUGCACGAAGCACCAUAGGGCAUACAUCCACCACCUGCUCAACGCAAAGGAGAUGCUCGGCUGGAACCUGCUGCAGAUCCACAACCACCACGUCAUUACCGAAUUCUUCGCAGGCAUUCGCGAGGCGCUUGCGAGAGGAGGACAGGCUGCCUUUGAAGACGUGGCGCGCAGGUUUGCGGCCUCGUAUGAGCCUGCGCUGCCGGAGGGAACGGGUGAAAGACCCAGGGCGAGGGGGUACCACUUCAAGAGCGAGGCGAGCGCGGACAGGAUCAACAAGCCGGCUUGGGUAGACUUGGACAAAGAGGCGUCAGCGAAGAUUGCAAGCCUUGAGGAGAGUAACACGCCUGGUGGUGAGAGCCGGGAUGAGGUGACCCUGGUGGUUGAUGUGGAAGCGGCUGCAGCAGCGCUGAGUAUAUCUUAG